UUUAGGAAAGAUCAAGACAUAUCUUCAAAUGAUGAUCUGGCGUCAUCCUCACUCAGAUCCAGUGUCCCGCAGUUCGCCUCCACGGAUUAUCUUUACAGUGUAGCUUCAGCGCCAGAACUGAGAACUAAUCCAAUAAGACCAAAGGAACUGCAAGCAAACCUGCGAAAGUAUCACCGAGAGAAAGUCCGUUUGCCUGCCAGCGAGAUCCAGUGGGCUAAACAACUUGUGUAUAGUCAUACUCAGAAUCUACUGGAGUAUUGUAAGCGAGAGACAGGUGUGGUCAGUGGUAUGGAGUACGGGGGUACAAUGUACGAGAGGCUGGAAAGCAAACGAGGUAAUGAGAUUGACGUAAUGUUGGUUCUGAAAACGGGUUCUGAAGAUGUAACACUUCACGAGGUUGUUCCGAAAUUGUAUUCAAAGAUAAAGCUUGUUAAAGAUAAGGCCGAUACGAAGCUGGCAAGGCUCACUGAUAAACAUGGCUAUUUGCAGCCAGCUAAAAUGCAAGUCUGGCUUGACAGGCUAGCUCAGAAAUGGACGGAGAAAACCAGGCGAUCUUCGGACGGAUCCAGAGUUUAUACUCAUAAGAAUGGUCCAGCUAUCGAGAUCAUCAUCCGGGAUACUAACAGAGGAGGCUCAGUAACCGCGCAGAUAAUUCCAUGUGUAAGGUUCCUGGAUGAGUCGGGAGAUUACCGCUACUAUGUGCCAUGCGCGUUCAAAGAGUGUACGAAGUUUGAACUCGGAAAUACCUCAGAGCGCUCGAUUUUGUGGAGAAGAACGUUCUCACUGAAAGAAAGAGAAAUUAUAUCCAGUUUAGAUCGUUCUGUAACAAGCACAUGCCGACUAGAAUGUCUAAAAAUUCUCAAAUUCCUUUUCAGUUCAGACAAAAAGCUGCGCAGUUUUCAUUUCUAUUUGCUUAAAACGGCUUUUUUACACUACCUCACCACAGACCCAGAAUGGCGCGCGGAUCAACUCGCGGAGAGAUUUCUCGGAAUGUUGAGCUACGUUCAAGAAUGUGUAAAGCGAAAAGAUCUACCGCACUACUUUUUACCGAGCGUUAACCUUUUCAAAGGACUGAGUGGAACGGCUCUCGAUGCUAUCGACUGCCGACUGCAACAGCUGCUAACGGAUGAAAAACAACUGUUUUAUGCCAUUUAUGCUUAG